AUGGAAGAUAACCUCCACAACAGCUCAGGGUUGCCUCCUUUCACACUGAUGGGGCUCCCAGGGCUGGAGACCUCCCAACACUGGCUGUUUCUGCUGCUUGGUGUGCUCUACACUGUGUCCAUUGUGGGCAAUGCCCUUAUUCUCUUCAUUAUCAAGGAGGAACAGAGCUUGCAUCAGCCUAUGUACUAUUUCCUGUCCCUGCUAUCAGUCAAUGACCUAGGUGUGUCCUUUUCCACACUGCCCACUGUGCUGACCACAUUUUGCUUCCACUUAAAGGAGAUUAGCUUUGAUUCUUGUAUGGCUCAAAUGUUCUUUAUCCACUUCUUCUCCUUCACGGAGUCUGGGAUCCUACUGGCCAUGAGCUUUGACUGCUAUGUGGCCAUCUGUAACCCACUGUGGUAUGCCACAGUGCUCACUGAUGCCCAAGUGUUGCGCAUGGGCAUGUCUGUUAUCAUCCGCAGUUUCUGCAUGGUUUUCCCACUCCCUUUCCUUUUGAAGAGGCUGCUCUUCUGCAAGGCCAAUGUACUCUCCCACGCCUACUGUUUGCACCCAGACUUGAUCCACCUGCCCUGUGGUGACAUCACCAUCAACAAUAUCUUUGGCCUAUUCAUUGUCAUCUCUACCUUUGGCCUGGACUCUGCACUCAUUCUCCUCUCCUAUGUUCUCAUACUAAGUUCUGUGCUGGCCAUUGCCUCCCGGGAGGAGAGGUUAAAGACACUCAACACAUGUGUGUCACACAUUUGUGCUGUGCUCACAUUUUACGUGCCAAUGAUUGGUGUAUCCAUUGUUGCUCGCUAUGGGAGGCAUGCACCAAAGUAUGUGCACACACUGUUGUCUCUGAUCUACCUCUUCGUGCCUCCAAUGCUCAACCCUGUCAUAUAUUCCAUCAAAACCAAAGAGAUUCGCAUAGGACUUCACAAAACACUAUUGGCAACCAAGUUUUGA